AUGGAGGUGUUGGUGCCAACGGUGUCGGACGCGAUAUUCAAGUACACUUGGCCGAUAGGGCGGUACAGGCGAGCAAUUUCGAAAAAACAGAGCCUCGACAGCCCGAGCUUCGACCUCAACGUCAACGGAAUACGCAGCUCGUGGAACCUCUCCAUUAGAUUCUGGAAGACCCCCGAUGGCAAGAGGAUAACAAACCCGGUGGUGCUUUGCCUGAAUAUACGGAACUGCGCUAUCGAGCAAGUCGAGCGGGUCAAGGUGCGCUUUCAGUUCGCGGUGCUUAACGUCGAGACUGACAAUUGGGAGUACCAGGGGCCGAAUCACGCUCUUUUGGAGCUGCACGCGAGCUCGAACGUCGUGUCGCUGGGCUACAAGGACUUGUCGGUCGUCGACAACAGACAUUUGACGAAGAAAACCGGCGAGCUACGGCUCAUGGUCAAGGUGCAGAUAGCCCAACGGGAAACCGAAAAGCACGCCCUCACCGUGGACAUAGCGAAGCUGUUGAAGCACCCCCACGCAGCCGACACAAAGUUGAUUUGCACGUCAGGAGAGGACCAGAAUUUGGAGAUCCCGGUGCACAGUUGCGUCAUCGCGGCGCGGAGCCAAGUGCUCGCGAACAUGAUAGAGCCGCUCGACGAUGCCAAGGAAGAAGAUAAGGAGGAGGAAGGCAAGGGAGAAAAGACGACAAACUCGCCGUCCACGACCGAUUGUCCAAAGAACCUAGAAGUGUUUGGUCUAUCCGCCAAAGUUGCGAAAGAGUUGUUACGAUAUAUUUACUCCGACCACGUCGAUAAUUUGGACAAGCUAGCUCCUCAAUUGCUUUCACUUUCGUUGAGAUUUCACUUAAAAGGGUUGAAGGAAAUCUGCGAGCGAAAUUUAAUUGACACAAUAACGCCCGAAAAUAUAGCUACCAGAUUGUUGUUAGCAGACAAAUUUGGUUGUGACCUACUCAUGAAAGCUGGGCUAUCUUAUUGUUGGGAGAACUCGAUGAGAAUCAGUAAAAAUUGUGCUUGGAGAAUGAUGGAAGAAAUAAAGCCAGAUUUAUUCAAUGAAGUUUGCGAAGCAAGCACAAAAAAUUGCCGAUUCACUAAUUUAUGUAGAUGAA